UUGAUCUUUUCGCUCUCUUCGACGACGCUCAAUGUAAUCUUUGUAAUUAAACUAUCAACGAUUUCACACGGGUGAAAUUCAACUAACUUUGUAGAAUUUUGUAUAGUUUUUGCAACUGGUGACGAUUAAAUACGAAGUUUUUAUACAUUAGUAUUUUUGUGCCUUCACCUCACCCUCACGACACCUAGUCCAAUUUUCCGGCGCCCGACCACCCAAAAAUCACGUUCCUCAAGAAAACACAAAUGGCUCUCUCGUCGUUCGGACUUCAACCUGAUAACACGCGUAUUAGUGAUCGCUAGUACUACUCUAUUGGGAUCUCCGGCAGGGGACUACGCGCUUUAGCGGUUGAAACCGUGUACUAGUAAGAGAGAGUUGAUGUCUGUCACUUGACUGGGCGAGCAAGUACUUCAAAUUAUUCCACCACAACUAUCAUUUAUUUAAACGUGAAUUUUUAUUAUCGUGAUAUUUUUGCAUUAACUCAUUAAAUUUUCUUGAUUGAACAUUAUAUUGUAUUAAUAAUGGAGUUUCCUGAAAAACCCAAUAAAAGUAAAACCUUUUGUUGCGUGUAUGGAUGUCACAGCAAAGCCUGUCGUGAUCCAAAAAUCCGAUUUUACACUUUUCCUCGUGAAAAAGUUGACUUUGUGAAAAUCAUAAAUAAAUUUGAUGAAGAGGAAAUGAUUGACAGACGUCAGGCUUGGAUCAAAGUGUUAAGAAUAGGGAAGAAAGUGUCGAAAUACAUGAAAGUUUGUUCUCUACAUUUCAUUGAAGAUGACUUCAUAUUACCAUUCAGAGCUAAACAGCAUAACACAAUACUGCUUCGCCUGAAAAAAACAAGUGUUCCCUCACUCAAUUUGCCUCCUCAACCUACCACAACAUCUCAAAAUACUGCCAAUGCACCGGAUAACAGUGCCCGAGCAGAAAGGAGACGUCAAAGAUCAAUACACAAACGAUCUCCGACGGAUACCAAUUAUGAAGAAUUGAUUAAAAAAAGGGAUGCCGCGGGAAAUACUGAAGGAGCAAGAGGAGAAGAUGACACGUCUAUCGGUGAAUUUCCGCCAAAUGAAAUACCAUCAUUGCUUCCAAAAAAUUUAAAGAACACGGGAACACAAGUUGAUGGGAGUCUCAGUGAUGCAGCAACACAGGCCCCAAAGAAUUAUUCAGAAAUAGGAGUUCAAGUCCGGAGUGAUUUAGUCAUGUUGAAAUUCAUAAAUUUUAUUACAGACGAUGCUGAGUUAAGUACUUUUACAGGAAUUCAUAGUUUUGAAUUGCUGAAUACUAUUGAAGAAUUGGUGCAAACCAUAGAUAGAGCAUCAUGUGCAAGUACCACAUUACCUCUCAGAGAAACCAUAAUCAUGACUUUUAUGAAAUUCAAACAGAACUCGUCGUAUACUAUGUUGGCACUUCUUUUUCGUUGUUCUAUUGACACUUGUAAGCAGAGAAUUGUAAAAAUGAUCGAUCUACUGGAUAGGUGUUUAAAACCGAGCAUCGUUUGGCCAAGUAAAGAAAAUAUCUUGCAAAAUUUACCAUUGUCUUUCAAAGGUUUAGAAAACGUUCGAGUAGUAGUAGAUUGCACGGAAAUAAAAAUACAAAAGCCAUCUAAAUUGUGUUGCCAAAUACAGAGUUAUUCCUAUUCUAAAACUUCUUAUACAAUCAAAUUCAUGACUGGUGUGACACCAGCUGGAUUAAUCUCUUUCGUAAGUAAAGCUUACGGUGGACGUGUUUCUGAUAAUAUGAUUUUGCAACAAAGUGGAAUUUUGGAGAAAAUGGACAAAAAUGAUAUUGUAAUGGCUGACAAGGGCUUCACUGUCGAAGAUCUGUGCAGGAAAAACGAUGUGACACUUCUCACGCCUUUUUUUCUUAGAAACAAGAAGCAGUUUACAAAAACCGAGGCACUCACUAAUCGUAGAAUUGCUAUGGCACGAGUCGAUGUGGAGCGAGUCAAUCAGAGGUUGAAGACUUUCGCUGUGCUGGGGAACACCAUGCCAAUUUGCCUACUAAGCAAAGUUGAAGAAAUUUUCAAUAUUAUCUGUGGGAUUGUGAACUUGAGCUUGCCUAUUCUUAAGAACGAUAAGUUUUGUACGUAG